ACUUUCAUUUUACUCUGUCAAGCUGUCUUCACGGUGCGAAAGAACUGAGGCUUUUUCUCAUGGCUGAAAACAAACACCCUGACAAACCACUUAAGGUGUUGGAACAGCUGGGCAAAGAAGUCCUUACGGAGUACCUAGAAAAAUUAGUACAAAGCAAUGUACUGAAAUUAAAGGAGGAAGAUAAACAAAAAUUUAACAAUGCUGAACGCAGUGACAAGCGUUGGGUUUUUGUAGAUGCCAUGAAAAAGAAACACAGCAAAGUAGGUGAAAUGCUUCUCCAGACAUUCUUCAGUGUGGACCCAGGCAGCCACCAUGGUGAAGCUAAUCUGGAAAUGGAGGAACCAGAAGAAUCAUUGAACACUCUCAAGCUUUGUUCCCCUGAAGAGUUCACAAGGCUUUGCAGAGAAAAGACACAAGAAAUUUACCCAAUAAAGGAGGCCAAUGGCCGUACACGAAAGGCUCUUAUCAUAUGCAAUACAGAGUUCAAACAUCUCUCACUGAGGUAUGGGGCUAACUUUGACAUCAUUGGUAUGAAAGGCCUUCUUGAAGACUUAGGCUACGAUGUGGUGGUGAAAGAGGAGCUUACAGCAGAGGGCAUGGAGUCAGAGAUGAAAGACUUUGCUGCACUCUCAGAACACCAGACAUCAGACAGCACAUUCCUGGUGCUAAUGUCUCAUGGCACACUGCAUGGCAUUUGUGGAACAAUGCACAGUGAAAAAACUCCAGAUGUGCUACAGUAUGAUACCAUCUAUCAGAUAUUCAACAAUUGCCACUGUCCAGGUCUACGAGACAAACCCAAAGUCAUCAUUGUGCAGGCCUGCAGAGGUGGGAACUCUGGAGAAAUGUGGAUCAGAGAGUCUUCAAAACCCCAGUUGUGCAGAGGUGUAGAUCUACCUAGGAAUAUGGAAGCUGAUGCUGUCAAGCUGAGCCACGUGGAGAAGGACUUCAUUGCCUUCUACUCUACAACCCCACAUCACUUGUCCUACCGAGACAAAACAGGAGGCUCUUACUUCAUCACUAGACUCAUUUCCUGCUUCCGGAAACAUGCUUGCUCUUGUCAUCUCUUUGAUAUAUUCCUGAAGGUGCAACAAUCAUUUGAAAAGGCAAGUAUUCAUUCCCAGAUGCCCACCAUUGAUCGGGCAACCUUGACGAGAUAUUUCUACCUCUUUCCUGGCAACUGAGAACAAAGCAACAAGCAACUGAAUCUCAUUUCUUCAGCUUGAAGAAGUGAUCUUGGCCAAGGAUCACAUUCUAUUCCUGAAAUUCCAGAACUAGUGAAAUUAAGGAAAGAAUACUUAUGAAUUCAAGACCAGCCUAAGCAACACAGUGGGAUUCUGUUCCAUAGACAAGCAAACAAGCAAAAAUAAAACAAAAAAAAAAUUUACCAAAAGAGAAAUUUGUUUUAUUUAUUUGUGUACAUAAAUAAAAAGAAAGCAAAUAAUU